GGUGUUCGAAUUAUCUUGCUCAUCGACAUCGUCAUCCUCAAGACAUGGCCCCAGCUCCCAACAAGAAAAAGACCGGUGGUAAAACCCGCUCAGCCCUCCAGGAUGUCGUGACCCGGGAAUACACCAUCCAUCUGCACAAGCGCGUGCACGGCCGCUCAUUCAAGAAGCGUGCUCCAUGGGCAGUGAAAUCUGUCAUCGACUUUGCCCAGAAGACCAUGGGCACCUCUGAUGUCCGCAUCGAUCCUAAACUCAACCAGGCCGUGUGGGCGCGGGGAAUCAAGACUGUCCCUCAUAGGCUGCGGGUUAAGCUUGAGAGGAAACGUAAUGACGAGGAGAACGCAAAGGAGAAGCUUUACACAUAUGUCAGCCACGUCCCUGUAACGUCGUUCAAGGGCCUGCAAACGACGGUCGUGGAUGCCGAGUAAUUUCAUCGUCGGGAUUUGUUCGCUGCUGUCUUUUUCUUUACCUUUGUCUUAUCCAUCCAUGCUUGCCAUGCAUACCUCUACGCAACCUCCAUUAUGCUAUGCCACGCAAUUAAAAUUCAUCCCUU